AUGGACACGGGGGACAGCGGGGGACAGCGGCUGGCACAGGCUCAGCACCGGCGGGACCUGGAGGCGGAGCUUCGGGACCUCAGCAGCCAGGUGGCGGCGCUGGGGCGGAGCCUGGCGGCCGAGCGUGGGCGGAGCCUGAUGGAGGGCGGGGCCCUGCGGGCGCUGGAGAUCGCUGUGGGCGGAGCCAAGGCGCGGGUGGGCGGAGCCUGCCGGGCCCUGGACCGGGCCAAGGAGAGGCUGCGCCUGCAGCAGGAGGCGGGGCAGGUGCUGUGGGCGGAGCUUGAGGCUGCUCGCGCUGCCAAGCUGGGGGCGGAGCUCCGGGCUCAGGAGGCGGAGUCUCAGUGUCGGGCCCGGGGGGCAGAGCUGGAGCGGCUGCGACAGGCGGUGCAGGCGGCCCAGCGUUCCCGGCGCCGGGCAGAGCAGGAGCGCGACCAGGUGGCGGCCGAGGUUGGCCACGCCCCCCCGCCCAGCGCCCCCUGCGGUGACCCCGCGGCGCUGCAGGCGGCGCUGGAGGAGCUGCGGGAGCACAACCGGGACCUGCGGGAGCGGCUGCGGCAGCGGCUGGGACAGGUGGAGGAGCUGCGCCGGGCUGUGCUGGCCGCGGGCUCGCGGGCUCAGGACGCGCAGGUGGCGCUGGGCCGGCUGGCGCAGGAGCAGCGGCGGCUCCGGGAGCGGCUCUCCGGGACCAUCGGGAACCUCGUGUUCAUCAAGACCCCCGGGACCAUCGGGACCAUUGGGACCCUCGGUGCCCCCGAUGGCCCUGAUGGCCCUGAUGAUGGCCCUGAUGGGCCUGGUGGCCCUGAUGGCCCUGGUGGCCCCGGUGGCCUCGGUGGCCUCGGUGGCCCCGGUGGUCCCGGUGGUCCCGGGAGUCCCGGGGGUCCCGAGGCCGCCCUGCGCGCCCGCUGCGCGCACCUGCAGGAGCUGCUGCGGAGAGAGGCGGGGGCGCGGGUGGCGCUGUCCCGCUGUGCCCGUGUCACCGGGCGCCGCCUGCGGCUGUUGGCGGCCGAGGCCGAGGAGCAGCGGCUGCGGGGGGAGAGGUACCGAGAGCAGGCCCGUGUCACCGAGGCCGCUGCCCGCCUGCUGGCCCAGCGCGUGGCCCUGGUGGCCGCGGGCACCGCCCGGCUCCUGGCCCGGGGCCGCCUCCUGCGCCGGGAGCUCGAGGACGUCGGGGACGGCGCCGCGGCCACGGCCCAGCUCAGGGCCCGGCUCAGGGCCCGGCUCAGGUGUGACCCCAUGAACCUGUCCCGCACGGUGCGGCGGAUGCUGCGCGACAGCGACAGCGACAGCGACAGCGACAGCGGCGACAGCGACAGCGGCGACAGCGACAGCGACAGCGGCCACGCCCCCCCAGGCCCCGCCCCCAGCGCCGGGGACACCCCCUGA